GUAUGUGGCAUCUUGCUUAUUGUCUUCGGUUCCAUAGUAGUGUCGCAUAUACAGCAAGUGGGAAGCUUGGCGCAAACAUUUGAGGCCAAUAGCAUUCCAAUUGCCAUACUUGUGCUGGGAUGUGUGAUUUUUAUUAUCUCAUUCUUGGGAUGUUGUGGAGCAAUACGCGAGGAAACAUGUUGCACAUUGACGUACUCAGUCUUUAUGCUAGUACUCUUGCUGGCUCAGGUCGCUUUAAUUGUGCUUGUGUGGACGCAGCAUACCAAGUUCCUCAAUUAUAUGAAUCAAAUUGUGGCUACGAUAUGGAAACAACACACAACAGAUCCGAAAGUAAUGGACGCCUUGCAAUUGACGUUCGAUUGCUGUGGCCAAAAUGGUUCAACCGAUUAUACCUUCAAUCUGGAGUCGAUUCCAAAUUCAUGCUGCGGUGCAAAUGCCAUUUCUUGUAACAUGGUGGAAGCAAUGAAAAAACCGGGCUGUGCGCAAGCAUUCACUUCCUUCUGGGAUAAAAGCUUAAAUAUAGUGCGUUAUGCUGGACUUGGUGUUGCUGCUGUUGAGUUGGUUGCAUUCAUUUUCGCAUGCUGCCUAGCGAAUCAAGUGCGCAAUGAACGUAGAAGGGCGAACUAUUAAAAUUCAAAAUGGUUGACAAUCAAAGUCUUCAAUUCGCAAUACGAAAUGCAGUCUGCUGUUUGCUACUCAUAACAAUAUCACAAUUCAAAGUUUAAGAAUCGAAUGAUUUUCUUCCAUGUAGUAUGUUUCUUCUUGCAAAACUAGUUUUAUUUAUUAUCACUUGUAAAAUUUCGAUAUCUAACACAACGACCAAAUAAAAAUCAAGAAUUUCCUCGGAAGCGGAUGUUGUACCAGACUCUAGUGAA